AUGAAAGAUGUUGGUGUUCAAGCUGCAGGUGAGAAGCUUAACAAAGUCCAAGAUGUUGGUGUUCAAGUUAUAGCAAAAAUCCAAGGUACAUUGAAUAUAAUGUCUGUAAGCCGGGAUGGAAGUCGUGACCUUGGUAGCCAAUCAGACGACAGCUUUCAUUAUGAAAGACCACACGUAGAGCCUAUUUAUGAUGCAUUCAUAUGCCCUCUUUCAAAACAAGUCAUGAGAGACCCUGUUACUAUUGAAAAUGGACAAACUUUUGAGCGAGAAGCCAUUGAGAAAUGGUUCAAUGAAUGCAAGGAGAAUGGAAGGAAGCUGGUGUGUCCCUUAACAUUAAAAGAACUAAAAACAACAGACAUGAAUCCAAGUAUUGCUUUAAGGAACACAAUUGAAGAAUGGAAUGCUAGAAAUGAAGCUGUGCAACUUGACAUGGCUUCCAAAUCUUUAUCUCCUGGUAGUUCUGAAAGCGAUAGUUUGCAGGCUUUGAUGUUUAUUCAGCAACUUUGUACUAAAAAUCUUUCAAGCAAACACAUUAUUCGUAAUGCUGAGCUCAUACCCAUGAUUGUUGAGAUGUUGAAGAGCACCAGUCGUAAAGUCCGGUGUAUGGCUCUUGAAACUCUUCGAGUUGUUGUAGAAGAUGAUAAUGAUAAUAAGGAGAUAAUGGCUGAUGGGGAUAAAGUGCGCACAAUUGUGAAGUUUUUGUCUCAUGAACCGUCUCAAGAAAGGGAAGAAGCUGUCUCGUUGCUCUAUGAGCUCUCAAAGUCUGAGGCUUUGUGUGAGAAAAUCGGUUCUGUUAAUGAGAAGAAUGAGAAUAACGUGAGGCAAAUGGCUGAAAAUGGAAGAUUGCAACCCCUCUUGACACUUCUCCUUGAAGGUUCCUCUGAGAUAAAAUUAUCUAUGGCUUCAUACCUGGGUGACCUGGCGCUUAGCAAUGAUAUAAAAGUCUUUGUAGCAAGAACCGUAGGCUCAUCACUAAUCAACCUCAUGAAAACCGGUGACAUGCAAUCACGAGAAGCUGCUCUCAAAGCUCUAAAUCAAGUCUCCUCAUGUGAAGCAAGUGCAAAAGUUUUAGUUGAAGAAGGUAUACUUCCACCUCUAGUCAAUGACCUCUUCACGGGCCCCAACCGCCUUCCUAUUUUACUAAAAGAAUUAUCCGCCACAAUCCUCGCAAACAUCGUAACCUUCGACUGCGAUUUCAAUUCCAUCCCCGUGGGGCCCAACCACCAAACGUUACUCUCCGAAGACAUAAUCCACAACCUACUCCACUUAAUCUCCAACACCGGUCCAUCCAUCGAGUGCAAACUCGUUCAAGUCCUCGUCGGAAUCACCAAUUCCCCCGUCACUGUGAUUCCGGUCGCCAACGCAAUCAAAAGCUCCGGCGCCACCAUAAGUUUAGUCCAAUUCAUCGAAGCCCCACAAAAGGAUCUCCGCAUGGCUUCGAUUAAGCUUCUCCAUAACCUCUCAUUACACAUUUCCCAAGAAUUAGCAAACUGUCUAUGUGGGCCCGCCGGUCAACUCGGUAGCCUGUUUAAAGUGAUAUCGGAAAACAUCGCGAGCACCGAAGAACAAGCGGCCGCCAUCGGAAUCGUGGCGGACCUUCCGGAACAAGACGUCGACGUCACGCGACAAAUGUUAGACGAGCGUGACUUCGAGAUCGUUGUUUCUAGAACAAAAAUGAUCCGACAAGGAGAAACGAGAAGAAGCCGUUUCGUAACACCGUACCUCGAAGGACUUGUCCGUGUCCUUUCGCGGAUCACUUUUGUUUUAUCCGAUGAGCCGAGAGCCGUCGCGUUUUGUCGGGACCACGAGCUCGCGGCGUUAUUCACGGAAUUACUCCAACAAAACGGGCUCGACAACGUGCAAAUCGCGUCCGCUCUCGCGUUAGAAAACCUCUCGCAUGAAUCAAAAAACUUAACGAAAUUACCCGAGAUUCCGCCACCUGGAUUUUGCGGGUCCGUUUUUCCUUGUUUGGGGAAAAAACCGGUGAUGACGGGGCUGUGUAGGGUCCACGGGGGAGCGUGUACGCAACGGGACACGUUUUGUUUGUUGGAAGGACAAAGUUUAGCAAGAUUGGUGGCGUUGUUGGAUCAUACGAAUGAGAAGGUGGUUGAGGCUUCGUUAGCUGCUUUGUCGACUUUGUUGGAUGAUGGGGUGAAUAUAGAAGAAGGGGUGAGUGUGUUGUGUGAGGCUGAAGGGAUUAAGCCGAUUCUUGAUGUGUUGUUGGAGAAUCAGACUGAGAAUUUAAGGAGACGAGCGGUUUGGAUGGUGGAGAGGUUGUUGAGGACGGAGGAUAUCGCGUAUGAGGUGUCGGGGGACCCGAAUGUUAGUACAGCGAUUGUGGAUGCGUUUCAACAUGGAGAUUAUCGGACACGACAAAUUGCGGAAAGAGCACUUAAACAUAUUGAUAAGAUACCUAACUUUUCUGGGAUCUUUCCUAACAUGGGUUGAAUCUCGUUUUGGUACAUAUAGAUAAGGUGGUGUUGUACUUGUAUGAUUUUGUUGUGAUUGUUAAUUGUUCAUAUUUAUUUCACAUGAUUUUCCAUGUAUUUUAUGUGGAGUUGGAAUGUGGUGGGUAAAAAUUGUGCAGUUCUUUUCUCUCUCUAGGAUUUUGAGUAAUUCUAUACGAGUGAGGAUAGUAAAAGGUUGUCUAUUGUUAUUUGGAUUCAGUUAAGAUUUAAGACAUUUCUUGUAGUUGUAACUUGUAAGUAUAUUUUUCUUGAUUUUGGUUGAGU